GCGCCUCAAAGCAGAAGAAGAAGAAGAGGCGGAACCUUCGUUGCUUGGUAGUAACUUGGUGCUUUACGGACCGCUUUUACUGAAACGUCAUGAUGGCAGCUGUGGUGAAAACACAUGUGCGAAUAUCUGGAGAUGAUGCAAAGCCUCAGUUUGAGGAUGGAGAUGACCUGAGUGAUUCUGAUGUAGGGAGCAAUGAAGAAGCGAGUGAUGGGGGAGAAGAUGACGGAGACGGCAGCAGAGGGAGCAGCGGGGAAGAAGCAGAGAAUGAAGAGGGAGGAGAGGACGAGGAUGGAGACGACGGUAACGCAAAUGCUGGGUGGGCAGAGGCAAUGGCAAAGAUCCUGGGAAAGAAAACUCCUGAGAACCAAAGCAGCAUCCUGGUGAAGAACAAAGAGCUGGACAAGAAAAAAGAGAAGGAAAGACAGGAGCAGCUGGAGAGAAAGAAACAGGUGGACAAGAAGCGGGCGUGGGAGAUGAUGUGCAGAGAGAAACCGGACUUGGUGAAGGACCGUGAGAGUGAAAGAGCUCUACAAAGAAUUGCUACCAGGGGGGUGGUACAGCUCUUUAACGCUGUGAGGAAACACCAGAAAACAAUCGAUGACAAGGUGAAGGAAGUCGGCGGCUCUGAGAGGAAGAAGGCCAAGCUGCUUUCGUCUGUCUCAAAGAAAGACUUCAUUGACGUGCUAAGAAGGACGGAGGGAGGCGGCGGAGUCUCCGUCAAGAUGGAAAAGGACGUCGCUGGCGCAGCAGCGGAGAAGCCCGCCUGGAGCGUCCUCAGAGACGACUUCAUGAUGGGAGCCACCAUGAAAGACUGGGACAAAGACAGUGACGGAGAGGAGCCCAACACACACUCGGGAGGGAAGGCGGAGGAGAGCCAUUCAGACUGAGGGCACUGUGUACACACGGCUGCAAGGCUUUCAGGGACAGUCUGGGAAACAGAAAGCCUGACCUGCAGAGUACAACUUCAGCCUCCAUGACGUUCUACAUGUCUGCGGUUCGAGAUGAAUUCAUGGGGAAAUGAUGUAGUGGUUGUCCUUGUGAUCAAUGUGUGGUCAUUUUUAUAGCAUCCUACAUAUUGAAUAUUGUGUAGAGAAGGAAAGACUGUAAAACAUGGAACUAUGCGGAACAGGAUGUAACCGAUAUUGAUCCUGGAGGAACUCAAAGAGGCUCCUCACUGUGUGGAGCUGCAGGUAAUGAGCUCCUGUCUUCAGAUCAGUUUGCUUCCAUUUUGACUGCAGAUAUUUUAUUAUUGAAAGAGCUAUGAUGGUGUAAACUGUGUAAAUAGGAAUGUUUUGUACAGCGCUAGUUGAAUAAACAGCCAGUCCAUUUA